AAAGGGGAGAGAUUAUACAAAGGGGAGACUAUAUACAGAUACAACCAUACAGAGACUUCUAAGAGGAUCAUGUAAAUAUCUCUGGAUCAACAUGCCUCAAUCUCCAUUAACAGCGACCCUGCUCCAAUCCACCGUCCUCAACGCCCUCUCCAAUCUCCUGGCGCAACUGAUAGACCAGCACAGACAAGACAAACCAUUUACUCUUAAUGUCUCCGUUUUCUUAGCAUUUGUCAUUUACGGGGCUAUUGUCGUGCCUCCCAAUUUCUACUGGCAGCGGUAUAUCGAAAUCCGUUUCCCGGGCUUUCCAAAUCUAAGAAAUGCAUUCAAGAGCAAUGCAGAGAAAGACAAGCCAGUACUAGAUCUUGAAGAUUCGCUCCCACGCAAGGAGAAGCCCCCUCGACGACAGACAUUCUCUUCUGGUCCGUCAUCAACGUCUCCGUCGGGUUCAGGAUGGCGCAAUUUCGCCAUGAAAUUCACCCUCGAUCAGACGGUGGCUGGUGUGGUGAAUAUCGUCUUAUUUGUUGUGUUGAUAAAUAUGCUCAAAGGACAGCUUGGAAUUGCGGGUCUUUGGAAACUAGUCUGCGAUGAUUUGCCCCCUAUUAUGGUCGCCCGGCUCAAGUUUCGGCCUCUUGUCUCAGGAUUGAUGUAUACUGUCAUUCCGGUGGACCGGCGAGUGGUGUUUGCGAGUGCGUGUGGUGUUAUCUGGGGGGUAUAUUUGAGUCUGUAUGCGGCUGUUUAGUGAUUUGUUUACUUGGUCUACUUGUUUAUCCCGAGAAUUUUUAUUCGUUAGAUAGAGAUUCCCCAUAUUCAGUUUAAUUUGAUCUAAAUUGGCGCGCCAAUGAGUUUAUCGACUUUUUAUUGAAUAGUACCUUGCGUUACCAGCGCCUAAAUAAAGAAUAUAU